GCAUGCUCCGCAGCGCGGCGGGUCCACAGAUGAGGGGAGUCGAGACUCCCGCGCCCCACCAUCCCCAUCGGAGCUGCUGCUGAGCCACUCAAUCUGAGCCCUGGCUACCAAUAAAGUUCGUUUAAAAAUCAUAAUCAUUCUUAAGAGAACGAAAGAGGGUGCGAACUAGCCGCGCAGCCCCGCAGGGAGAACUGGCGCGUCGGGAGGAGGCAGCGGCGGCAGCGGUUGCGCCGCGACCAGGAGGAGCCGGUGGCGCCGGGCGGCGGGUCCGCGGCGGGCGGGGGACGGUGAGUAGCGGCUCGCGCUGCGGUGCAGCGGCGCUGCACUCACUCGCCCUCUCCAGCGGCUGGGGGUUCGUCCGGCUCCACUGGGGAAGAGUCAGCUUCUCCCCAGGGUCCCGGGUUGUGCCUUACUCUCGGGAGUGGGCAGGGGCCUCCAGGCCCGGCUCCCCCAUCCCCGGGUUCGAACAGCCGAGCGCCGGCUCUCCCGCCCUUGAGCACCGAUCCCAAGUUCCAGCUAGAGAAGGUGGGCGGCAGCGCCAGCCCGGCGCCCCCUCCCAGCUCCCAGCGAUUUGAGAGAGAAGAUCUGAUCUCCUGGAAUUAGAGUUGGUACAGAAACCAUUUCAGCUCCAAAAAUGUUGGAGGAAGAUAUGGAAGUCGCCAUAAAGAUGGUGGUUGUAGGGAAUGGAGCAGUUGGAAAAUCAAGUAUGAUUCAGCGAUAUUGCAAAGGCAUUUUUACAAAAGACUACAAGAAAACCAUUGGAGUUGAUUUUUUGGAGCGACAAAUUCAAGUUAAUGAUGAAGAUGUCAGACUAAUGUUAUGGGACACUGCAGGUCAAGAGGAAUUUGAUGCAAUUACAAAGGCCUACUAUCGAGGAGCCCAGGCUUGUGUGCUCGUGUUUUCUACCACAGAUAGGGAAUCUUUUGAAGCAGUUUCCAGUUGGAGAGAGAAAGUAGUAGCUGAAGUGGGAGAUAUACCAACUGUACUUGUACAAAACAAGAUUGAUCUCUUGGAUGAUUCUUGUAUAAAGAAUGAGGAAGCUGAGGCACUGGCAAAAAGGUUAAAGUUAAGGUUCUACAGAACAUCAGUGAAAGAAGAUCUAAAUGUGAAUGAAGUUUUUAAGUAUUUGGCUGAAAAAUACCUUCAGAAACUCAAACAACAAAUAGCUGAGGAUCCAGAGCUAAUGCAUUCAAGUAGUAACAAAAUUGGUGUGUUUAAUACAUCUGGUGGAAGUCACUCGGGUCAGAAUUCAAGUACCCUCAAUGGUGGAGAUGUCAUCAAUCUUAGACCCAACAAACAAAGGACCAAGAAAAACAGAAAUCCUUUUAGCAGCUGUAGCAUACCCUAAGAUGUUUUGGGAGGAAAAUAAUUGAAUUACAUUGUGCAGUUCAUUAAGAAACCCAUCCAGCUGUCAUGGUAUGUUACAAGGUUUUCAGCAGACUGCACCUAAUGGCUCCCUGAAAGUGACAGACUUAAAUAUUGCUCUGCAGUGCUUUUCAGAAUGUAGAGUGAGACCUCUGGUGGAAAAAUUAUUGCCCUGUGGACUCCUUUAAUUUUUUUUACAUUAGACGAAGCUUCUCCUAUUUUUAAACGAAUGCUAUAAGAAAUUUCAAACACAGGUUUUGCUGAAUUUUAAAUGCUGGAAAACAUAAAUGAAAUGCCUAAAUAUAUUGUUACAGAUUUUAAUACUAUGGAUCAAGGAAGGAUAGCAUUCUUUUCCUGAAAUUGAUCAUCUAGCUUUUCUGCGAAAUAAUACUGAAUCUGAAUACUUUCACAAAAUAAUACUGAAAGGUAAACCCUAAAUCUUGCCAGCCUGCAUUAGUAUUUCGGCAUUGGUACUUGUGCAAUAUCUGUGUAAUGUAGAAUGUGAGUUGUGCAUGCAGAUGUCUGGUACUGGAGUAAGCUGAAGGUAUGUGCAGUAUUUAAGAAAAUGUACAUUCUAAUUCACUUAUAAAACCAUUUACAUAUUGUGUAUAUGUUUUUAUUUUCAAAUGAGAAACUCUAGACAUAUAUUUUGCAAAAUGAGCUUGGGUUUAAAAAGCGCUUUGUGCCAAAAAUAUCAUACCUAAUUUUUAUAGUGCUUUACUAUCAGAAUUUAUAGUUUAUUAUAUCUUUUAAAAGCAGUAAGCAGUUUCCGUCUGACAGCAUAGAUAAAAGAGGAGUAUAGGAAUUUGAAUGCUAGAGCAUCUCCCAGGUGAGCCUUAUUGCAAAAUCUUUUUGGUAUAGUCACCCAUAAGCAUGGUGAGCUCCUGCUGUCAUAAGGUCAGCCAAAGCCCCUUAAGAAGGUACACAGCACAUCUGCAAUCAUUCAGGAGGUCCUGUGAAGUGUGGUGAUGCAUCUAACACCUUUUGCUGCUCACUGAGAACCCAGCUUUGAACUUACAAGAUUAUACUAACCAUUUUUAAAGUGCACAAAAAUAUUAUUAUUAGUCUUAACUAAAAUUACAGAUUUUAUAAUGCCCUGCAACUCUAAACCAUCCUUUUGUUUACACAUUUUUGUAUGGUAUUUUAAGAUUAUCACUUCAAAAUUUCUAUAACCUUCAGUUUGUAUAGCACUUUCUCAGGAGCUGUCAGUCCCACAUACAAAAUCAUUUCUUUUACAAAAUGAUUUAACAUGGAAUCAUGUGUCAGAGCAUAAAUUUUGUCACUUGGGACAGUAGCUUUCCAGCUAAGAUAAUUGCGUGAACUCUGUGAAAACUGAUUAUCACUCAUCAAUGGCUUUAUUUUUAACCUAUAAAUAACCCCUUUCAAUAUACCUGGUUUUUACAGCAUUUCAAAAUAUGUAAAAAUAACUUUUCUUGGAAAAUGUGUCAUGAAGUCAUUUUUCAUUAUUUGUACUAAAAAAUGUUUUACGUACGCCUUUCGUGUUUUCUCUUGUUUUUUGUUUUUUAAGUCUUCCAUCUGCACUCUCCUCGUCCUCCUAAUGUCGAGAAAAUCAAAUUUCCUGGGUGUGUCCUUGUUAAGUGAUGAAAAGUAAAUGUUCUCUUUGCCAUUUUAGAUUGAAAAAUAAAAAAACUAAAAAGAGUAAAUUUCGCUUUUCAUUAUAUUGAAAUGAUCUGGCAUUAUCUAUUUCACAGUAAUAUAAAAUGUUUAUUCUUAUGUCACCAGUUGUCACCACUCCCAUUGCUGACAAUGACAUAGGUUUUGGGGGCAAAACUCAGUUCCUAACAGUGGAUACUGCUAAUGAGUCAUCUUUUCUACUCUCUUCAAAUUGUCUCUUUAAUUUUUGCACAAAAUAAUAUUUUACAGUAAAUAGUCUUUUGGUCUUUAUUGGCAGAAAAAUCACUUGUUAUAUGUGUUCUAGUUGUUUUUCAUAUUAGUUGUGUGGCUAAAGGCAUGUUACCUAUAUUUUAAAAAGUAAUCUCUGAGGAUAGUUGCAGUUCCUGUAAUAUUUGCAAUAUAAUUUUAUGUACUUAGUUUUAUCUUUUUUAAAAUAAGAACUGAAGAGAGAUCUUUGUUACAUAUUUGAAUUUUUAAUUUGCACUGCCGUAUUUUAAAACUAACCAUAAUUAGUCAUUUAAAAUAAUUAAGUAGUCCUGAAAGUCAGCCAUAUGUUAAUUUCUCAAUUUAAUCAAUUCUUAAAGCUUUCAAAAAUUGACAUUUUUUUCCAAGACCCUUCAUUCUGUUAAAUAACUUUAAUUAUUUUACGAAACCAUGUAUACUGAAGAAAAACUUUUCCAAGAUUCCAGGUGAUUGUGCAUUUGUGCUCUAAUCUACUUUUUUAACAUUACGGCUAAUCUUUUGCAUAGACACAUUGCUGUGGAAUAAUUGCCGUAUUUCCAAGUUCCUCAGGUUUCCCUUUCCUUUUCCAGUCUCUAUGAAUUAAAUAGUAUACAGAAUAACCCACAUAAGGCAAUAUAGUUAAAUAAAACCAGGUUAAAUGAUUUCCUUUGUAUCUGCCCAAAGUUGAGAGCACACAUGUAUUUUUUCAAAAUAAAGCUAAAACUACCAAAAAGAGGAUGAAAGCUUUCCUCAUUAUGGAGUGAAGUUUUAGGUGGUUGCUUUAGAAGUUGGCAGUGCAGUGCUCAGAAAGAACUCUCAACAUGUACUCCUUGGACCUGAGUUUUAGGAAAUUGGACCUUUUCUGAAGAUCUUAGAAUAGGGAGUUGGCCUUAGGACCUAGUGUCCCAACUUAGUGUUGGACCCUUUUAAGAUAUUGUUAAUUAUUAGCAUCCUUUUCAAAACCUUUGGAAUAGUUACUGGUAACCUGAUAAAAUGUUCCCAUUAAUCUGUCAUUAGUCUGUCUGUUUCUCUGAAAACAAAAUGAACUGAUGAGGUGAAAGCUUGUUCCACGUGGCACCUACCUAAUGAACAGGACUUACUCAGUUUUAACUGUUAAGAAUGUCAUAUGUACUAUUGUCACUCCUUACGUUUUCAGCUAUAAAACAUGUAAGUCUAUCAUCAUACAGAUGAAUUCAUUUGCUAACAAAAUAUUUAAAACCGGCAGUAGACUCUGAAAUAUUCAAUCAUAAAACUCCUGGCUAACUGGAUGAUUUGGCUAUAAUAAUCUUCAUUAGGUGGUACUUCUUUUCAUCUCUCUCUCAAAAUAUCUACAGUAGGAUGUUAGUAAAUGGUCUUUUAAAAAUAAAAAAUUUGGGAUAAAAGGAAAACUGAAUUCCUUCUAUAUUUUUGUUACUAAUAAAUAAUGCUUUUGUAAAUUUGAAUGGAAAACCACUUGUAUGGAUUGCUAUUUGGUUGCAGUUAUACUCUGGAGCUUAAUUUAAAAUACACUACUCAAUAAAAAUUUCAUGAAGGAUGAAUUCCAAUAAUCAAAAAAUAAAUGCAUUUCAAAGCUAAAA